AUGUCGGAAGGUGGUGAGAAAAAGAAGAAGGAGAAGAAAGCGUUCGACGUUAAGAAGUUCACCCUCGACCUCAUCACCGGCGGCACGUCGGCCGCCAUCUCCAAGACUGCCGUCGCUCCAAUUGAAAGGGUUAAACUUUUGUUACAGGUACAAGAUGCGUCGAGUACGAUUGCGGCCGACAAGCGAUAUAAGGGAAUAAUCGACGUAUUCGUGCGUGUUCCAAAGGAGCAGGGAUUUUUCUCGCUCUGGAGAGGAAACCUUGCGAAUGUGCUCAGAUAUUUCCCCACACAGGCGCUCAAUUUCGCAUUCAAAGACACGUAUAACGUGCUGUUUCUAAAAGGUAUUGACAAGAAGAAAGAGUUCUGGAAGUUUUUCGCCGCGAAUCUUGCCUCUGGAGGAGCUGCGGGCGCGACCUCCCUCUGUUUCGUCUAUCCACUUGAUUUCGCACGAACUCGUCUCGCUGUUGACAUUGGAAAGGCCAAAGACCGAGAGUUCCAAGGGCUUACUGACUGCUUGGUCAAAAUUGUCAAGUCAGAUGGGCCAGUAGGUCUUUACCGAGGAUUCGUCGUUUCCGUGCAAGGAAUCAUCAUUUAUCGUGCGGCAUAUUUUGGUAUGUUUGAUACGGCGAAAUACAUUUUCACGUCCGAUGGCAAAAAACUCAACUUCUUCGCUGCAUGGGCAGUUGCACAGGUUGUGACUGUGAGCUCCGGCAUCUUGUCUUAUCCAUGGGAUACAGUACGACGGCGAAUGAUGAUGCAGUCUGGACGAUCGGAUAUCCUCUACAAGAAUACGUUGGAUUGUGCCAUAAAAAUAAUUAAAAACGAAGGAAUGGGUGCCAUGUUCAAGGGAGCGCUGUCGAACAUAUUCCGUGGUACUGGAGGAGCACUCGUACUCGCUAUUUAUGAUGAGAUCCAAAAAUUCUUGUAA